UCCCUCCUUUAGUGGACUGAAGAGAGCGCAGCUUAGAAGAAAACAUACGUUGAGUAACUUUAACUUUAAAAUCGGUGGACUUGAAAAUAAAACGCUUAAAGGAGUGGUUGCAUGCUGCGUUCAGAGACACGACGCGACUGGAAUGAGAAGACGCGCAAAAAAGUUUUUAAAUCGAAUAAUUCAGGAUGCACUUGUUAUUGUUGCCCAAUUUAGGCCUGCUUGUUUGUUUACAAAGCUGUAUAUCAGCUUUUACACUGGCAGCCAGAACCCUGACGUACGAUGAGUCCUACUAUGAGUAUGUUCCUGAUCGCCUGCAGUGGAACAGUGCAGGUGAACUGUGCAACCAGCGCUCUGGGGCUUUAGCCAUUGUCUCCAACUCAGUAGAGAGCCAAGAGCUAGCCAGUUUUUUAAAAUCUUUGAACAUCUCUCAGCCUGUGUGGAUUUCCAGGAAAGUCAUGACACAUCCGACAAGUUCCUCUGAGACCCUGAUUCUCGAGUUCACCGGGCGCUCUGACAGGAAGCAUGCCCGUCUCCUACACAAGUUCCCCUCCAUGGGCUCAGUGACCGUUUGCACCCGUCUCCGCUUCGACCCAAAUUGCUUUGGAUUUUCCACCAUCUUCUCUUAUUCCAUCAAGUCAUUUAUUAAUGAGUUCCAGCUCCGUGCGAACCUGAUCCAGGGCAAGCCUGUUAAGCUGGCUCUGCUGGUCCAUGGCACACAUGGACCUUACGAAGACACCUUUGACCAUGACGACUCCUGGCACUCAGUGUGCGUUUCUUGGAGCCAGAAUGGUGGACGCUGGGCACUAUUUACUGAUGGCAUCGUGGUCUCUAGGGGUGAUAGCCUAAAAAGCUCUGACGCCAUUGGCCGUGAUGGCCAUUUUAUAAUCGGACAGGAGCAGGACACCUUUGGGGGCUCUUUUAAGAAGGAUGAGUCAUUCUCAGGGAGCAUCACUGAGCUGCACAUAUGGGAUCGGGUACUGAACAGCAGCGAAAUCUACGCCAUGGAAAAGGAUUGUUCACCCAUUUCCUCUGGGCUGGUGUUCAAGUGGAGUGAAAUAGCAAUGGAUAUAGAUUCCUCCCUUACGAGGCUUUGGAGAGUCAACCCAUGUCAAGGAAACUUCACUGUCUUAGCAAAUUCAUUCUUCGAUUCCCUCCUGGACGGACAUUCUUUGCAGAAUCAAACAUUGUACUUUGAGGUGUCCCACAGCUCUCAGUCUGAUGAGAAUUGUGGUAUCUUUGACCCUGUUAAUGGGAGCCUGAACCUGGUCAAGUGUGACUCAUACAGAGGGGCUGUUUGCCAGUUUAAGAAAGAAGUGCUGGACGCUUUCACUUUACCAAAGACGCCAUUCUUCAGUAGACUGAGCAAGUAUGCUCUCACCAAGCCUGAGCUGAGUGGUAACACCUCCUGGGACAGAGAUCUGACCUUGCUGCAGCAGCUGACCCAGGCCAUUCUGCAUACGUUGGAGGCCAGUGGCCCAAACCUCCCCACCUCCAGUGAUGUCCUCUACCUCACCCAGAUGAUUGAGAUAGACUUGACUGCACUGGCUAGCACUCAAGCUGCUGGAGACGAUGCAGCGGAGGUCAUGGUGUCCAUUGCUACUAACUACGUAAAGAUGGCGAGUUUGAUGCUGGAGCCCCACAUGGCUACACAGUGGAUGGGCCUGACAGAGCAUGGGGUAAGCGUGGGGCCGUUUACUAUUGUCAAGAGCAUUGACAAUGUCACUGAAACUCUUGCAGACAUGCUAUCUGCCGAGGGAAGAGGAUUCAGUCUUUCUACCAAGAAUAUAGAUGUGUACAUGAAGUGGCAGAAACUGUCUGAAGAGAGCUGUCGUCAAGUCUUCAAGCCAUCUGCAGUCAGCUCUCACACCGCCAGCAGCAGUGGUCAGGAUGAGUUGCUUAUCCCUGACACUGAACUCCAAAGAUUACACACUCUGGGAUAUACGGAAUUGAUGUUUAUUCAUACCCACUACAGCCAUCUGAGUGAGAUUGUUUCUGGAGUACAGGAGCCUGCACUGAGUCACCAAGAGAAAGUAAAAAGAAUUCUCCCAGGUCACCUGGCUUCUGCUGUCAUAUCAGCCACCGUCCGUGAUACCUUCAAGGCUCAAACCAUCCCUGUGGCAGUCGAGUACACCCUUUCCUCAUCGCAUGUGGGGGAGUACUCACAGCGUGUUACUCCUGUUUGUGCCUUUUGGAAUUUCAGCUUGAUGCAUAAUCAUUCCAACAGCUGGUCCAGUGAUGGUUGCAGGGUGAUCUUUGCCGGCUCUGGUGUCACUUCCUGUCAAUGUAACCACACCACCAACUUUGCAGUGCUGAUGAAUUACCUCGAGUCGAAGUGGACUCCUGAGGAAGAGCUUAUUUUGACCAAACUGACGUUCAUCGGCUCUGGCGCGUCUCUGUGUGCGCUGGUGGUGACCUUGAUGCUGUUCACUGUGCUGGAUAUCCCCAAAUCUGAUAGGACAUCCAUCCAUAAGAACCUGUUCAUCGCUCUGAUCUGUGCCCAGGUGAUACUGCUCUGCAGCGGCUCAGCCAUUCACAACAAGGUGGCGUGUACACUUGUGGCGGCACUGCUCCAUCUCUUCUUCAUGGCAGCCUUUAGCUGGAUGCUGGUGGAGGGUCUGCUGCUUUGGAGCAAGGUGGUCGCAGUCAACCUAAGCGAGGACCGACACAUGAAGUAUUACUAUCUCAUCGGCUGGGGUCUGCCAGUACUGAUAGUCACCAUCACACUGGCCUCAGCGUCAGGCAAAUACUCUGCUGAUGGCUACUGUUGGCUGAGUGUCCAGAACGGCGUUAUCUGGGGCUUUGCUGGACCUAUCAUCUUCAUCAUCAUGGUGAAUAUCAUGGUACUGACCAGGGUGGUCGUUAUCACCAUCUCUACAGCCAAGAGAAGGUCCAUCAUGUUGGCCAUGGGCACUAGUCCGGUAGAACAAGCCUAUGAGCAAAUGAGGGCUGCAGUGAAAGCAGUGCUGGUGUUGCUGCCCAUCCUCGGAUUGACAUGGCUGUGUGGUGUCUUGGUGCCUUUCUCCAUUGUCAUGGCCUACAUCUUUAUCCUCCUCAACUCCCUGCAGGGUCUGUUCAUCUUCCUGAUAUAUGGGGUGUACAACACAGAGGUUCGGAGCACGGUCAACAGGAUCAAGGAGAGGAGAAAAGCGCUUAAUUUUUCAAACUGUGCCAGUUCCCGACCAUCCAGCUCAGUUACCAGCUCUCGUCCUGUCAGUUUCCCACUAGGAACUACCCCAAGCCAAGAAGAGGAGGCCACUCCUACCUACACUUGCAAGACCACCCCAGGAUUGGGGAAGGAGGAAGAGAAGUCCAGAGGUCAGCUGUCCAUUCCUUGUGUUACAGAGAGACUAGAAACUCCCUUGAGCCAAACCUCCAAAGGCCCUCAUCUGCAUACAAAGGAGCCUCCUCCCCCAGAGGUGGAUGCCUUGCCAGCUGGUUGUAGUCUUCAUGUUCCCAUGGAGCUGGAGUUUACAGCUUCCUGUUUCCCUCGCAGCCCUGCGCCUCAGAAAAGCUAUGGCCUCGUCUACGUUGACUGACCUGGCUGGUGACGGUGAUUGUAGUUUUGAUAUUGUGAUUCAUUUUUCAAUCAGAGUUGGUAAAAUGUUGUCUUUGUAUUAUAGCUCCUUUUUCACCUAUGAUGAUUGUAGAGAUGCAGGAAUGUUUGGUACAAGUGUGUCCAAAUAGAGUGCUGCAUACUGUAGUAGUGUUUUUAAGUAUUUUCAGUGAUCUAGGGCUCAUCCUGCCUUUAACGCUUAUUUUAAGAUGCGCUGGAUAAUAAUAUAUCAUAAAGCCUUGAAUAAAACUUAAUUAUUAUUUUUUUUAAGUUUUCACUAAAAGUUUAUUGAUUUUUGCAUUUGAUAUAAUUGUAUGUUUUUCAUUGUGUAAUCUCUUUCAUGGCUUUACUUGCUGUUUGCUUGUGAAAGCGUUGCUGUAUAUAGUCCAGUUAAAGUGUGCGGUAGUACUGCAGUGUGGUACAUGAACUGAGUAAUGGGGAGUACUUGUGAUCCAUUAUUGUGAGAUACAUAUCAUGUAACUGUGAUGUCCCUGGUUUUAUUCAAGUGGACCCCCCCCCGUCAAACUAUCAAAUAAAUACCAGAAUGGCAUGGAAGUAAAAUAAGAUGAAGCAGAACAGCUGAAUUAUAUUGUGCAGCGUAUUUCGUGAUUCUGCCUGUGUACACAAGAAGGAAUAUGUCCACAGACAAAAUGCAAUUAAAGCCCUUUACCUAAUAUACACUUUUCCUUAACUCUCCUAGUGUGUUACUUUGCAGAGUUGAGAUGUCAACUAUCAAAUAAAGGCCAGAAUGGCCUAUAAAAGGAGAAAAAGAACAAGUCAUAGUUUUCUGUAUAUCGUUUGUUGUUUCUGCUCAUGAGGUUUGUACAGUAGAGAACAUAUCUACACAGAUUAAAAACAAAAUCACAAUGAAUUUAUAAUCCGGAUCUGAUGCUGGUCACAAGACAAAACGUCUUUGAAGAACAAUGUCCCAAAGACAAUACAAUUUCAGAACUGGAGUACCUAUUAUUUGAAUUUUCUUUACACAACAUAUAUUAAGGAACAACAAGAUUCUCUAUAGAAUCAUACAUUUCAAAAUUUGCAUAUCACUUGUCAAGUCACGCCAAUUUUAUUUGUAUAGCCUAAUAUCACAGAUAGCAGAUUUACCCGAGGGGCUUUAUGAUCUGGGGAUUUUCUCAUUCCUACUAGUUUUACUGUAAUGUUAUUCAAGCGAUGUUGGAGUUCUCCCACAAAAAAAACACAUGUAAUGGAACUGGACUGUUAGUGUGCGCAGGAAGCGAGAAUCUGGUGUUAUAAGCAUAAUAAUUAUUUAUUGAAAUAUGAAGAAAAAUUCCGUUAGCCUCAGAGAGACACCCCCCCUGUACAGGGGUAGUGAGAGGGGCAGUCAGAAUGUCAGCAGGAGGGAGGGGCAAGAGUCAUAGACAAGCGGGAGGGAAACAGCAUUUUGAUGCAUUGUGUGUCCAUGUGUUGACAGUGUACAUGAGCAUGUGAAUGUAGUCAUUGUUUAAGUCCGUGUUAAAGCAUUGUUCCUGCCUACAAGUCCGUCCCGACAGUUAAGCUAUGGAUUGGUGUGUUGUAGAGCUAAAUUUAAAUUCUCUUUAACUUCUGACAGCUGAAGUUACAGAAAUUAUUUCUCCAAGCUUUUACCAAACUUCAGAGACUGCGGUAGUUCCACCAAACAUGCAGUAACAAAAUGGGACUUCUGCAAUGACCACAUCAAUGUGCAUGACUGUAUUCACUCGUAUGUUAUAGGAAGUCCAAGGCAGCUGCAGAACCUAAACAUAGAAUUUGAGGAAGUGGGUGAUAAAAGAUUGUCUGAUCAUAACAAGUAAUGGAGGUGUGAGGAAAUUGAGCUCAGGACCAGGAACUGCUUAAUGACAUGGGAUUUAAGUGAUUUUUUCUGUACAUUAAACAUGCCAUUGAAAGA